AUGACUACCACCGCCCAAGACAAUUCCCCUAAAAGGAAACAGCGUAUCAUUAACUGUGUGACCCAACUGCCCUACAAGAUCCAGCUUGGCGAAAGCAACGAUGAUUGGAAAAUAUCAGCCACCACAGGCAACAGCGCGCUAUACUCCUCUUUGGAAUACCUGCAGUUCGACUCUACCGAGUACGAACAGCAUGUCGUUGGUUGGACUGGUGAAAUCACAAGAACUGAACGCAGCCUGUUUACCAAGGAGGCUAAGGAGAAGCCUCACGACCUGGACGAUGACCCCUUGUACCUGACAAAGGAGCAGAUCAAUGGGCUAACCACCACUCUCCAGGAUCAUAUGAAGUCCGAAAAAGAGGCAAAGACCGACAAUACUCCCACCACCUCCGCUAUUAACAACGUCCAUCCUGUUUGGCUGCUUAGAAAAAACCAAAGCAGGUGGAGAAACUACGCCGAGAAAGUCAUCUGGCCCACUUUCCACUACAUCCUGAACCCCUCCAAUGAAGGGGAACAGGAAAAAAACUGGUGGUACGAUUACGUCAAGUUCAACGAAGCUUACGCCCAAAAAAUCGGCGAAGUUUACCAGAAGGGCGACAUCAUCUGGAUUCAUGACUACUACCUACUACUACUGCCCCAACUACUGAGGAUGAAGUUCAAUGACGAGUCCAUCAUCAUUGGCUAUUUCCAUCACGCUCCAUGGCCUAGUAACGAGUACUUCCGCUGUCUGCCCCGUAGAAAGCAAAUCUUGGACGGUCUUGUCGGGGCAAAUAGAAUUUGCUUCCAAAACGAAUCGUUUUCCCGUCAUUUCGUAUCGAGUUGUAAAAGAUUACUAGACGCCACUGCCAAGAAAUCCAAGAACUCCUCCGAUAACGACCAGUACCAAGUCUCUGUUUACGGAGGUGACGUGUUGGUAGACUCUUUACCCAUCGGUGUCAACACCACUCAAAUCCUAAAGGAUGCCUUCACUAAAGAUAUUGACUCUAAAGUUCUUUCCAUCAAGCAGGCCUACCAGAACAAAAAAAUUAUCAUUGGUAGAGACCGUUUGGACUCCGUUCGUGGUGUCGUGCAGAAAUUGAGGGCUUUUGAAACUUUCUUGGCUAUGUACCCUGAAUGGAGAGACCAAGUCGUGCUGAUCCAGGUCAGCAGCCCCACCGCUAACAGGAAUUCUCCACAAACCAUCAAACUGGAACAGCAGGUCAACGAACUGGUUAACUCCAUCAAUUCUGAAUACGGUAGUCUGAACUUUUCCCCCGUUCAACACUAUUACAUGAGAAUCCCCAAGGAUGUUUACCUGUCUCUACUAAGAGUUGCCGAUUUAUGCUUAAUCACAAGUGUUAGAGACGGUAUGAACACCACUGCUUUGGAGUACGUCACCGUUAAAUCCCACAUGUCUAACUUCUUAUGCUAUGGUAAUCCUCUAAUUUUAAGUGAAUUUUCUGGUUCAAGUAACGUGUUGAAGGACGCAAUCGUGGUCAACCCAUGGGACUCAGUCGCCGUGGCCAAAUCCAUCAACAUGGCCUUCAAGCUAGACAAAGAGGAGAAAACCACUUUGGAAUCAAAGUUGUGGAAUGAAGUCCCCACUAUCCAGGACUGGACCAAUAAGUUUUUGACCUCAAUAAAGGAAUUGGCUUCCUCUGAUGAUGAUGUCGAAAGGAAAAUGACACCCGCUCUCAAUAGACCUGUUCUUUUGGAAAACUAUAAACAAUCCAAACGCAGAUUGUUCCUUUUCGACUAUGACGGUACGUUAACCCCAAUUGUCAAGGAUCCCGCUGCGGCCAUCCCCUCAGCAAGACUUUAUACAAUUUUACAAAAAUUGUCUGCUGAUCCUCAUAACCAAAUCUGGAUUAUUUCAGGUCGUGACCAAAAAUUCUUAAACAAAUGGCUAGGUGGUAAAUUACCUCAAUUAGGUUUAAGUGCCGAACAUGGUUGCUUCAUGAAAGAUGUCUCUUGUGAAGACUGGGUCAAUUUGACCGAAAAAGUCGAUAUGUCCUGGCAAGUGCGUGUCAAUGAAGUGAUGGAAGAAUUCACCACAAGAACCCCAGGUUCAUUCAUCGAAAGAAAGAAAGUUGCUUUGACUUGGCAUUAUAGGCGUACAGUCCCAGAGUUGGGUGAAUUCCACGCCAAAGAAUUGAAAGAGAAAUUGCUAACAUUUACUGAUGAUUUCGAUUUGGAAGUUAUGGAUGGUAAGGCUAAUAUCGAAGUUCGUCCAAGGUUCGUCAACAAGGGUGAAAUCGUCAAGAGAUUGGUUUGGCACCAACAUGGCCAACCACAAGACAUGCUGAAGGGGAUUAGUGAAAAAUUACCUAAAGACGAAAUGCCUGACUUUGUAUUAUGUCUAGGUGAUGACUUUACCGACGAAGAUAUGUUCAGGCAGUUGAAUACCAUCGAAACCUGUUGGAAAGGAAAAUACCCAGAUGAGAAAAAUCAAUGGGGCAACUAUGGGUUUUAUCCAGUCACUGUUGGGUCCGCAUCCAAGAAAACUGUGGCUAAGGCUCAUUUAACCGAUCCUCAACAAGUUUUGGAAACCCUAGGUUUACUUGUCGGCGAUGUUUCACUUUUCCAAAGCGCAGGUACUGUCGACUUGGAUUCAAGAGGUCAUGUAAAGAACAGUGAAAGUAGUUUGAAGUCUAAACUCGCAUCCAAAGCUUACGUCAUGAAAAGGUCUGCUUCUUACACAGGUGCGAAGGUUUAA